GGCCGCGGCGCUCGCCAGUCCGCCCCACCGCCAGCUGCAGGGCGUCAUCCAGAAGCUGCUGCUGAAGGAGCACCGGCUCGUCUGGAACAGCCUGGCCGGGAGCUGGAGCGAGAGCGAGCGGGUGCUGUCGGAGCAGGUGCAUACGGUGCCCUUCACCCUGGCGCCACCCGGCCCCGGGGCAGUGCCACGGGUGAGCGUGGAGAGCCCGCUUUCUGCUCUGCGGCUGCCCCUGGAGACGGUGUACGAGCGCUUCCAGCAGCCGGCCCACGGCUUCAAGGACCUCAUCGGCCACUACCUGAGCGGAGAGAAGCCCAAGGGCUUCUUGGAGACAGAGGAGAUGCUGCAGGUGGGGGCCAGUCUGACCGGCAUUGGGGAGCUGGUGCUGCACCCCGACGGCACCCUCCACCUGCAGCCGCCGGGCGAUGGCGCUGACUACUUCCUGUGCCUGGGGGACUGGCAGACGCUGCUGGCCGAGCUGGAGUCGCUGAGCCGGUUCUGGAAGGGGGCAGCUGUGCUGUGUGGACUGGCCAGCCUCGCCGUCCUCCUCCUGGCCCUCUGCCGGGCCUAUCGGCAGCACCGCUACCAGCAGGAGGAGGAGGAGGAGCGGCAGGAGCUGGGCACCUGGGCCGAGGCAUCGGAUGGGCCUGAGGAUGCCUGUGUGAUUUGCCUGGUGCAGGGCCGCGAGUGCGUCCUGCUGCCCUGUGGCCAUGUGUGCUGCUGCUUCCGUUGCUUCGAGGCUCUGCCCUUUCUCACCUGCCCCAUCUGCAGGAGCCCCAUCGACAGGGUGGUGCCACUCUACCAGGCCUGAGGGGGUGGUGGGGGCAGCCGCAGCCUUGCGCUGAGCAAGGGUGGGAGCAACAAGGACCCUGGCAUCAAGUGGCCACAGUGUGGCACUAACCCCUCAGCAGCUGGAGGGCCACAAGCAGGGAAGGGGGCAAAGUGUGGGGCUGCAGGGAGUGGGAGAUUGCAGUCCAGGGCUGAGGCAGUGGCUUGGUGGGGGCCUGGGGGUUCAUUGCUGCUCACAGAGGCCUGAAUCAGCAUCCAUGGGUGAAGCCUGGCAGUGCCCCCUACAUACAGUGUUUGCUCCCAGCGAGUCUGACUCAGGUGGAUCCCAUGGGUGCUACCAGCGCUUCCUGGGAUCUGCUGGGCCCCUGCCCCAUGGUUGGGGUUGUUAGAAGUAGCCCCAGCUCCACAGGCCAGACCCACCCCGGGGGACUGCUGAGUGGAGCCUGACUGGGAGGGCUGCAGGGGUCUUUGUGCUGUCAGCCACCGCCUGGGCCCAACUGGGCAGAAUGGAGCCACUGGCCUUACCUCCCAAACAAGGGGCUGCCCAGCCUGAGGGAGGCUCCAUGUCGGUCAGGUGCAGUUACGCCAUCAAGGGGCCACAUUUGCCACUAGCACCGAGUUUUAACACGUGGCUAUCUCCAUUGCCCAGGGCUGUGGGGGAUCCACAGGUACUUGGGGCUUGGGCACAGCUGCAUUCCCAAAGCUGGGACCUCCUGCUACCCCUGCCCCAUGGCUGGGCCCACUUGGCCCCUUACACAGGUACCAGCAGGCCUGGAGGGGAGGGGUUAGCACAGCCCCUUGCUCUCCAUGGGGUUAUUCUCCCUUCAUGGGGGCAGUGCAUGAAUGAAGCACAGCACAGCCCCCCACCCUGCUCUGGCACAGCUGACAGAUGGAUCCCAAGGGGACUGACUGCUCAUGAGUCAUGCCUGGAGAGGCCAAAGGAGCCACAGCAUGGACUCUGCCCAUUUAUCCGGAGCCACCCAAGAGGCCUGCCUAGAGCCCUGCCUGCCUCCUAGACACACCAGCCGAUACCCAAUGGCCGCCAGGAGCAGAACAAGUCAAGUCAACCGUGUUGGUCCUUGAUAAAGCGGAGAAUCAGA